AUGGGACACUGGAGAAAGUUUGGGAAGUUUUCAGCGAGGCCACGGGCCCCAGAGGGAGAGACGCAGGCCGCAGCAGAACUGUCAGAGACUGGAGCUACACCCUGCUCCAGAAAAACACUGCAGGGAGGAGAAGAGGAAGAGAGUGGAGGAGAGGAAGAGAGGAGGAGAGGAAGAGAGGAGGACCAGAGGUGGAGAGGAGGAGAGUGGACCAAAGGAGGAGAGGAAGAGAGGAGGAGAGGAAGAGAGGAGGAGAGGAAGAGAGUGGAGGAGAGGAAGAGAGGAGAGAGGAAGAGAGGAGGAGAGGACGGGGGAGGACCAGAGGAGGAGAGGAAGAGGGUAGACCAGUGGAGGAGAGGAAGAGAGGACGAGAGGAAGGGAGGACGAGAGGACGAGGGAGGACCAGAGGAGGAGAGGAAGAGAGUGUGGACCAGUGGAGGAGAGGAGGAGAGGAAGAGAGUGGACCAGAGGAGGAGAGGAAGAGAGUGGACCAGUGGAGGAGAGGAGGAGAGGACGAGAGUGGACCAGUGGAGGAGAAGAGGAGAGGAAGGGAGUGGACCAGUGGAGGAGAGGAGGAGAGGAAGAGAGUGGACCAGAGGAGGAGAGGUAGAGAGUGGACCAGAGGAGAGGAUGAGAGUGGACCAGUGGAGGAGAGGAGGAGAGGAAGAGAGUGGACCAGAGGAGAGGAUGAGAGUGGACCAGUGGAGGAGAGGAAGAGAGUGGACCAGAGGAGGAGAGGAAGAGGGUAGACCAGAGGAGGGGCGGAAGAGGGUGGACCAGAGGAGGAGAGGAAGAGAGUGGACCAGUGGAGGAGAGGAGGAGAGGAAGAGAGUGGACCAGAGGAGGAGAGGAAGAGAGUGGACCAGAGGAGGAGAGGAAGAGAGUGCACCAGUGGAGGAGAGGAAGAGAGUGGACCAGAGGAGGAGAGGAAGAGAGUGGACCAGAGGAGGAGAGGAAGAGGGUGGGCCAGAGGAGGAGUGGAAGAGAGUGGACCAGUGGAGGAGAGGAGGGGAGGAAGAGAGUGGACCAGAGGAGGAGAGGAAGAGGGUGGGCCAGAGGAGGAGAGGAAGAGGGAGGACCAGAGGAGGAGAGGAAGAGAGUGGGCCAGAGGAGGAGAGGAAGAGGGAGGACCAGAGGAGGAGAGGAAGAGAGUGGACCAGAGGAGGAGAGGAAGAGGGUGGGCCAGAGGAGGAGUGGAAGAGAGUGGACCAGUGGAGGAGAGGAGGGGAGGAAGAGAGUGGACCAGAGGAGAGGAUGAGAGUGGACCAGUGGAGGAGAGGAAGAGAGUGGACCAGAGGAGGAGAGGAAGAGGGUGGGCCAGAGGAGGAGAGGAAGAGGGUGGGCCAGAGGAGGAGAGGAAGAGGGAGGACCAGAGGAGGAGAGGAAGAGAGAGGACCAGAGGAGGAGAGGAAGAGGGUGGACGACAGAUCAGAGGAUCAUUCAGAGACCUCUCACACACCAGCGUUUACAUUUUGGAGCCAUGUCGUUUAUGGUGUCUGA